UAAGAGCAGAUGCAUGCUGGUGCAAUAAGCUGUACGUUUUACGUCCAGUGGAUGCAUGAUCUGAUUAGUCGACUAUUCACAAAAGUAAUCGUUUGUGGCAGCCCACUGUGGGCCACACUGGUGCAUCAGCUCUACAUCUUUUAUGGGUUCUUUGACUUUAAUGAAAGGUCAGAUUAUUUCUUCAGUCAGUGUACUGUUCACCACACAGUUUGUUUUCAUCAUACAGAUCAUAACUCAUGAUAAAGAAUGUGACUGACAGUGUCAGUGGCCAUGCUGUUUACAGUGGUGUCAUCACAUGCAGUCGUUACCUCAGUGAACUAACAUAGAUCAGCUGUCACAGUGGGCUCUCUGCCUGUGUGUCAUAGGAUCCUGGUGGAAAUUUGUCUAUGAUUAAAGCACUAAUCAAGAGAGCCCUAACCCAGGGGGCUCAUGGGGAAAGCAGUGGAUGGAAAGUCACCUUGAUGGAGCAGGGAGGUGUUUGCAGACAGGUCAUAAAAGCUGAGGUUCGUACAGUUACAUCUGCUCUAAAUACUGGACUGAAAAACUAUUAGAUUUCUUUGAUGUCUGUUUUACGUGUUAAACCUUCAUUAUUGUUUCACUCAUGUUUGCUAAUUUCAACUUGUGUCUGCUUGUACUGAUUCAGUUUAGGUCUUUUAGAGAUGCUUUCCUCUUACCAACCUGUGCCAGCCUGAGGCCCUCAAACAGGAGCCUACAGGCUGUUUGUGGGUCUACAUCAGGGGUGUCAAACAUAAGGCCCAGGGGCAAGAAUUGGCCCUGAAAAGACUCAAUUAAGGCCCACUGGACAGCUUUCAGAAAUGUAAAGGGGGUAUAAAUUUUGUUCCUACUGGUAAAGACAUCCCCUAUAACUAUUCUCACUACACCAGAGUAAUAAGUAAUAGUUAAACAACCAAAGUUCCUACUUUUUUUUUUUCAAUAAUAUAUAAUUUUUUUUGGGAUUUUUGCUUUUUACAGUACAUAUAGAGAUUUGUAUUUUACAUUUGCUGCAUUUCACAUUUAUUCACAAAUACACAUUUUUCCAAAGGUCUAGCAUCUAUCCUGAACACGUCUAUCAGUUUGUUUUUGCCGUCAUUACAAUUGGAGAUAUGAUUACCUAAUACCCCGUUCAUAACUGAAGAUGUGAGGAUCCAUUUUAUAUUGGAGCUAUUCAGAGGAUUACAUCACAUUUUUUUCAGACGGAGCAACACACACCAUGAAUAACUACAGACAUGAUGGCUGCCUGGAAUAUCAAUCUGGGGUGUGAAUGCUAAAAUCUGACAAGAGAAACAUGAUCCGCCUUUGGCUCUGAUCCCAAGUGGCAGACACCCAGUCCACUACAUCUAUUUACUGAAACAUUUUUAAUAACUACGCAAACGUAGUAUAAAUAAAUGUUCUUAUCUUAAAAAAACAUCCAAAAUUAUACAGGUAAACAUAAGAUUUUUAGAUAACAUUACAAUGCAGGUAUACCAGCAAGUAAUCGAAAGUAAUAUAAAGCAAACAAUAGAAAAUAAUCUUCCUGUGUCCGUGUCCUGUUUAUGUGUAAAAAUAAAACCGAGUCUAGGUCGGGUACUGCAACAGGCGUAAUUAGAGUGUACAGGAAGUGACAUGCAACAGCUGCUUUGAACAUUUUAAUAGAUAACCUGUUGAAAGUUAGACUUAAACGAAAUUAUAGACAAAUACAUUUAACAGGUAACCUUUUAUAUAAUAAUUGACAUUAACAUAAUAAUAAGAAAUCCCCUUUUGGCCCAAAUGUGUUGCAGUUUAAGUAGUUUACUGCGCAAAUAAAAAUGAACGAAUGAAUUAAUGAAUAAUAGGUGCUGUAACACAACACUACAAAAUGAAACUGCUGAGCAGCUUGGGAAAUAUAAAGGCUAAAGCUAAUGGCGAACUCGCCUACAAAAACUACUACUCCCAGCAUUCUGCGUGGUUUCCUUUCGCGCUUACCGUAGUUCAACACUUCUGAAGACAAGCGCUUCCUCUAAUGACUUUAUAAGUAAUUUGCUGCCGUUUUCUUUCGCAAUGUGACUUCUGCUUUUGCUACUUUUGAAAGGGUAAGUGCAGAGCUUCUGUGUCGCUAAAAGAGAGAAAAAGUGAGCACUGUCCUCCUCUUUGGUGAACUUGUGUUAAACGUGCUAAAUUGAAUGCUAGUAGACUGUGUUUCAGUCUCCAUGGCAACGGCCUUAGUUCCGUCUGUGUUCGACGGCGACUUAAUAAUUAAGAAAAAUGAACGCGUUAAUAGUUGUUUAAACUUAGUCCAAAUUGUUUAACCCUGUCACGCAUAGUGGUCACAACAGUGGACCGCUAUUCAAAGUCUGUUUUCUUGUAUUUGUGUCAGUGUUGAUGGUAUACUUGCACAUAAACCACUACAUUGGACACUGAUGCGCUCCAUACCCUGCCACCCACUGGUCAGCAAGGUUUCCACCUACGUGGACAUGUAAAAAACUCUUUGAAUAGUACAUGUUUUUAAAAAAUGAAGUUCAAAAAUCUUUUUUCAUGCCCUAAAGAUGAAAACAAUACUUUAAAAAGAAAAAAAUCCUAAUUGAGGUUGCCAUAAUUCAUGUAUGAAAGGGUUAAUAAUACUGAUUCGUUUUUUUUAAGGCGAGGGCAUAGGAAAAUAGCUUACACGCAUUUAUUUUAUUUUGUUUUACCACCGUUUUAACAUUUUCAUUAAUUUUUAAAAUGAGAACAAAAAGUUUACUAUUUUACUAUUUUUUUUUCACUAUUACUCAGUCUCAGUGAGUUUGUGUUUCAUCAGCUAAACCGUUUGCCCCUCAUAUUGUCUUCCAGGGGCAAUGAACGACUAUGAGGUUAUCAGACAGAUUGGGCAGGGUGCAUUUGGAAAAGCCUUCCUGGUCAAAGACAAAGGGGGAGGUGGAAACACACAGUGUGUGGUCAAAGAGAUCAGCCUCAGGAAGAUGUCAGCAAAGGAAAAGGAAUCAUCCAAUAAAGAGGUGACGUUGCUGUCAAAGAUGAAACAUCCAAACAUUGUCACCUUCAUCCGGUCCUUUCAAGAGAGAGGCAGCCUUUAUAUAGUGAUGGAGUACUGUGACGGAGGAGAUCUGAUGAAGAAAAUCAACAUACAGAGAGGAGUUCCUUUCACUGAGGAGCAGAUCGUCGACUGGUUUGUUCAGAUCUGUCUGGGCCUCAAACACAUCCAUGACCGGAAGAUUCUCCACAGAGACAUCAAAGCUCAAAAUAUCUUCCUAACCAACGGAGGGAUGAAAGCGAAGCUGGGUGACUUUGGAAUUGCAAGAAUGUUGAAUAAUACCAUGGAGCUGGCCAGGACUUGUGUUGGGACACCGUACUACCUCUCCCCAGAGAUCUGUGAGAAUCGGCCCUAUAACAACAAGACGGAUAUCUGGUCUCUGGGGUGUGUCCUGUAUGAACUCUGUACCCUAAAACAUCCAUUUGAGGCCAGCAGCUUGCGACAGCUUGUCAGUAAAAUCUGCAGGGGGCGCUACAGCCCAGUACCCAGCCGCUACUCCUACGACCUACGCCUGCUGGUCACCCAGCUCUUUAAGGUCAACCCACGAGACCGUCCCUCAGUCACUUCAGUCCUCCGACGUCCUAUUUUGGAGAAACAUAUCAGCAAACACCUGGAUACUCAGGUGAUGCAAGAGGAGUUUAGCCACACCGUGUUGCAUAGAAACAAAGCUGUGGGGUCUCAACCAGUUAAAACAAGAGCGGGAGCAGCAAACACACAAGGUAAGAUUCAGAAGGCUAGAGUAGCCGAGAGGCCGGGGAAUGCCAACAAGCGAGUGCCUGCUAGACCAGAUUGGAAAGUCCCUCUCAAAGCCUACACACCCACCCACCAUAAACCUCCUCAACGUAGAGAAGCACAACUAGCAGCCAAUAGAGAGUUUCCAGGGAUCCAAAGGUUUAAUGGUCAGCAGCCUGUCAGCCAUUACCAGCAUUACCACGCCCAGUUGGAUGCCUUUCAGAGGAGGAACAAAGAGGAUGUUCUUCCUCUUCCUCCUGUGGAAAGACCAAAGGAGCAAUGUGAAGACCAAGCUGCUCCUUGUUCUGUGGAACCAUAUCAGCUUGUGGCUGCCGCUCGAAAUGAAUACCUGCAGAGAAGACAGGAGGCCAACGACUACAAGCUGAGAGCAGAGAAACAGCUGGGUCUGCGUCCAUGUACAGCUGAGCGCAACAGCAAGCCUGGUGGUCAAGAGCAGGAGGUGGGCAAACCUGAACACCAACAUAUGCCUUUGGACAAGAGACAAGGGGGUCAGCAGGAGUACCUGCGUCAGCUCGAUCUCAUUAGACAGCAAUAUCACCUGGAGAUGAAACAGAUGAGGAUGAGAGCUGAAGCAGAGGCCAGGCCACAACACAAACUCGAGACCUUUGUGUUGGAGCAAUCCAAGGACAUAGAACCAUCUGUCGACAACAAAGAGCCCCAGGAAGCAGCACCUGCACUGGAUGUUGAAGCAGCUCUGAGGCAGAUCAGAGAGGAGAACAGAGACCAGAUGAGAGCUUUGGAGAGAAAACACAAAGACAAAAGGGGAAUCAUGUUUGAGAUCCGAUUAGAUAAUGAAAAGCUAAGGGAAGACGAGGAGGAGGAGAAAGAAGAGGAAGGAAGAAAACAGGAUGACCAGGAAGUGGAUCCACUGAAUCGAACUCUGUCCUUCCAGGAAGGAGCACAGCUGAAGCUCAAGGAUUGGCUACAGGGGAGGAGGGGGUGGAGCAACAGGACUCCUCAGACUUUGCUGAACGCGCUCGGCAACAUGGACAUCAACUCAGUCUACAACACGGCGGUCGAGGCUGGACAAGGUGAGGAAGUGGCAGGUCGUAGGCAGUGGAUUGACGAGCCCCCUAACACCCUGCUGAGAGCUCUGGCUCAGGCUGAGCUCACAUCAUCAACUCUAGAUUCAGUGGCCACAGAUUUAGAGACACAGCAGGACGGAACAGAGGAGGAAAUUAACCCGGACAAGGAGGAAGAAAGGGAUGGUGAAGGAGAGGAGGAGUCUGAUGUGGAGAUGGAUGAAGAGCGUCUGGAGCCGAGGUCAGAUGAUGAUGACACGAACUUUGAGGAGUCAGAGGAUGAGCUGAGAGAAGCAGUUGCAGACUCCAUGAGGAACCUGUUUGUCAUGGAGGACACGAGCUCAGACGAAAAGGAGCAGGAACGCGAACCACUAGCUGAUAGGAUGGAGGAGGAGAUGGAUGAAGGUGCAGUGAGCUCUGGAGAUCCUCAACAAAUCCAAGCAGAGGUCCAGAAUUCAAGUGAAGAAGCUCAAGGUAUUUCCUGCUGAGCCUGAGUCCCACAGACAACAUACCACAGCUUCAAACGAGCAGCCUCAGACUCCUUAACCGCCUGCAAACUUUAACAUUUUGAUUUUGUGAGAGUUGGACAAAAAUGUAAGAGUAACUGGAAUCUGAUAAUAAAAAGUGAUUGUUUUCAUGAUGUGAA